AUCAAAGCAAAUUCGUGGUGUUUGACGACUGGUUGGUUUCUUCCCCAACGAGAGCGCCUCUCUCGGAAUUCUUGAGAACUGGGCGAUCUCGUCCUGCUCUUUGCAAUUCGAAGCGCUGUGCUGUGAUUCGGAACCGGAAGGAGAAGAAUCCGCAGUUGCUCCCUUUCUCUCCUCCCGCAAACAUGGAUCCAACCACUUCUUGGGAUUCCCUUCGGAAACAGGCAAGGAAGCUUGAGGCGCAAUUGGAUGAACAGAUGUAUUUGUAUCGUAAAUUAGUCUCCACAAAAGUCGAUGAUUGUGCAGAUAAAGAUCUUGAAUCCGAGAUAGAUAAACUACUCCAACAACUUCAGCAAGUUAAUUUGCAAAUGCAAGCUUGGGUGUCAUCGGGUGGCUCAGAAAUAUUUUCUCAUACAUUGACUCGCCAUCAAGAAAUUCUUCUAGAUCUUAAGCAGGAAUUUAAUCGUCUUUGCACUAUCCUCCAAGCUAAGAAAGAGCAUGCUUCAUUGCUUGAAGAUUUCAGGGAGUUUGAUAGGGGGGGAUUAGAUUUGGAAGAUGGUGGUGGAUCUUAUGACCAAGCCCUCCUUAGGGAACAAGCUUCCGUCAGCAGAAGUACAGGGCAGAUGGAUUCUGUGAUUUCUCAAGCCCAAGAGACCAUUAGGACACUUGUUUUUCAACGGAACACAUUUGGAGGCAUCAAUUCGAAGCUUAGCAACGUGAGCAGCCGGCUUCCGACGGUCAAUCAUAUCCUGUCGGCAAUAAAGAAGAAAAAGUCAAUGGAUACCAUUAUCCUUUCCUUAGUUGCUUCCGUCUGCACAUUUCUCAUUCUGAUUUAUUGGUUGACUAAGUAGGCACUCGUCUUCCUCCGGUGGAGCCUCAACGACAGAUCUCCAUCCACUUCUAUUUGUAAAUACCUGUUGGUUUGUCAAUAAAUUUUGUAUUCUUUAUUUGUACCAUGGUAUGUGAGAUGGCAUUGUGCAGCUUGUUGGUUCGGGAUAAACCUCGUCCAUGGCAUCUGGUUGGUAAAUUGUACAGUCUAAAAUUUGUGUCAUCAAACCUUCACGGCGUUCUAAUCUUGUCUUCCGUCAUACAUAUAUCGCAGAAAUUAAAUUACUGAUAACAAACCUGAAGGUCCCCUGGUUGCCACUUUUGACAGUGUCUCUAUUUGAGACUCUUGAUAUGGAAUGAUGAAAAAUGGUUUUGAUUUGUGGUUAA